AAUGCGCGGGCGCCAGGUGAAUAUAUGGCACAUAAUGAUCGAGUGUUUUCAACAGUGCAAGAUCCAUGUCCAGAGCUGGAGGAGGAGCUCAGUAGGUUGAGUAUUGGUUCUGCUAGUGCUUAUCCUAUGCCAAAUUCUUGUCGAAAUCGUCCUGCUGAAUCUGUAGCUCAAUCUCAAGUUACUCAUCUGGUGCUGAAGAAUGAGAUUUGUGAUUUGUUUAGGGUUUUAUAUAAGGAGCGAGAGUGGGGGCUUGUGCUGGACAGCGGAUUGGUUGCUGGGAGGAGGUUGCCAAUGUUAGAACUUAUAGCUUCGAGAAUCAAGUUCGAUGUAGCCGAGGAACUGUUGUUCAUGUCCCGGUCGCCUUCUUUUGACAGCACCGGCAGUAACAAUGACUGAGAGAGUAUUGUUGAGUUUAUGCAGACUUUUGUGUUUAGUAGUGUGUUUAGUAAGUUGAGUGUUAGUUAAUGUGUUUGUUAGCGAUGUGUUAUGUAAUUUCACUUGGUUUGGCUCUAUUUUUAGUGUACUUGAAUAAUGCAGUAGUGCUUUGUUUUUAUGUAUUAUUAAAUUGAGUAAUAAAAUAGUGUGAAUUUUUGUGAA